UCUGAGUUAUCAUUUGAUCCGUUUGGAUUCGAUUGGAGUUUCAUCAUUUCCCUCCAAUUCUUCACACGCUCUUCGCUUUCUCUAUCACCAAUUUUUCGAUGAUUGCCCUCCGCCGCCCUCUGUAAAACCUUAAGAUUCUUGCAUAAAAUUUCCCUUUCCUGGGAGAUUUCUGAGGAAAAUCAUUUUUAAUCCGUUUUCCUCCCCAUUUUCUCCCUUUUUUUUUUCUUUCUAGGGUUCCGUUUCUGAGGAUUUCCACUCUCCUCCCAGAUUAUUUUGUUAUGGAUUCUGCAGCCCAGACAUUCCCACCUCGUGUGAUGUCAAUUAAAUUAUGGCCUCCAAGCCAGAGCACUAGGUUCAUGCUCAUAGAACGAAUCAUCAAGAAUCUUACAACACCCUCCAUUUUUUCCCGGAAGUAUGGCUUAUUGAGCAAAGAAGAAGCAGAGGAGGAUGCCAAGAAAGUAGAAGAUAUUGCUUUUGCAACUGCAAACCAACACUUUGAGAAGGAGCCAGAUGGCGAUGGGAGCUCUGCAGUUCAAAUUUAUGCCAAAGAAUCUAGUAGGCUUAUGCUGGAUAUAUUGAAAAGAGGUCCUGUAUUAAAGGAGGAUGGAGAGGCAAUAAUAUCUGAGAGGGCAGCUGCCAAAGGAACUGUUUUUGAUAUAUCAGGAGGACGAAGGGCCUUUAUUGAUGCAGAGGAGGCUAAGGAGCUUUUAGAACCCCUAAAAGAUCCUGGAAACCUGUUUACAAAGAUCUGCUUUAGUAAUAGAAGUUUUGGCUUAGAUGCUGCUCGUGUUGCUGAACCGAUCUUGAUGUCCAUCAAAGAUAGGUUGACUGAAGUUGACCUAUCAGACUUCAUUGCUGGAAGGCCUGAAGGUGAGGCUCUUGAAGUCGUGAAUAUUUUUUCUUCAGCAUUAGAAGGUUGUGACUUGAGGUCUCUGGACCUCUCAAAUAAUGCCAUGGGUGAGAAGGGUGUCCGGGCAUUUGGGUCCCUUUUGAAAUCACAGAAACAUUUGGAGGAGCUUUAUUUGAUGAAUGAUGGUAUUUCGGAAGAAGCUGCAAGAGCAAUCUGCGAGUUGAUUCCGUCUACAGACAAGCUUCGUAUCCUUCAGUUCCAUAAUAACAUGACAGGAGAUGAAGGUGCAAUUGCAAUUUCCGAAAUCGUCAAGGGUUCUCCUGCAUUGGAGGAUUUCCGUUGUUCCUCGACCAGGGUAGGUUCCGAAGGAGGAGUGGCUCUAGCUGAAGCCAUUGGGACUUGUACCCAUCUCAAGAAGCUUGAUUUGCGCGACAACAUGUUCGGGGUGGAAGCUGGAAUUGCUUUGAGUAAAUCUAUAUCUGCUUUUCCAGGUCUUACUGAAAUUUAUCUUAGUUAUUUGAACUUGGAGGAUGAAGGAGCUGAAGCAUUGGCUAACGCCCUCAAAGAUUCUGCUCCUUCCCUCGAAGUUCUUGAAAUGGCUGGAAAUGAUAUAACUGCAAAAGGUGCUGCCUCAAUUGCAGCCUGUGUAGCAACAAAGCAAUUCCUUAGUAAGUUAUAUUUGGCUGAGAAUGAACUGAAGGAUGAUGGUGUGAUUUUGAUUAGCAAGGCACUGCAGGAUGGACACGGUCAGUUGAGCGAAGUCGACGUGAGCACAAAUUCAAUUCGAAGGGCUGGGGCAAGAUUCUUAGCUCAAAUAUUAGUGCAGAAGCCAGGAUUCAAGUUGCUAAACAUCAAUGCCAAUUAUAUAUCUGAAGAAGGGAUCGACGAAGUGAAGGACAUAUUUAAGAAUUCUCCCAGCAUGCUUGGACCUUUGGAUGAGAACGAUCCAGAAGGAGAAGACUACGACGAAGAUGCUGAAGAGAAUGGCGAUCAUGACGAUGAACUUGAAUCGAAACUCAAGGGCCUCGACAUUAAACGAGAUGAGUAAGAAUUCCACAGGUCUUGUUUUUGUUUUAGGUUUGUUUGCUAUUUAUUGAUUUUUGUUUUCUGUAUGUGGGGUAGAGUUCCAUACCAAUGUUUAACCAAGUGUAACAGAUCUCUGCUAUUAGCCAGGCAUUAUUAGUGUUCUAGUUUAGAGAUUUUUGAAGAAAAAUUAGAUGCUUGCUGGUAUUUCUGUAAUUUGCCGCUACUUUUUCAAUCUCUAUUUCUUGUUGGCGUUGUUAAAUUGAUACAGUUCACCCAGAAGUUUCGAUCACGUUA